GUCAUCAGACCAAGGAAGAUGCUAGCGGCCUCUUUCCAAAACAAUUCCUCUUUUCCUAAAACUUGAUCGGUUAUUAGAUUAAAUAAACAUUUUGCAUGAUUUAUACAUUAGCAGACAUCUUAAUAGAUGCGAAAUGCCUCUAUUGAGGUUAUUUAAUUUUUAACUAAAAAAUUAAAUAUAAUGAAAUAUACCGGGCUAAUGCUAGGUAGCGUUUGUGUGUAAUCAGACUUCUAACUUCAGCUAAAGAAUAUAAACAUUAAAGAACAUCCACACGGAAACAGCUGGACACGAUGGGAGCUGAACAGAGCGGCGAUGCUGAGCAUAAACACUCAGACUACAGUGCUUCAGUCGUGCCCUCGCCAGCGAAGCACCGAGCAAAAAUGGAUGACAUCGUGGUGGUCACUCAAGGAACACAGUCUUUACGCAACAUCCACAACGACCCCGACGUCAUCAAGCUUCAGGAGAUUCCCACGUUUCAGCCCCUGCUGAAGGGUGUCCUGAGUGGACAGACGUCCCCCAGCACCGUGUCUCUGGAGAAGCUGGACUCUGUGCAGGUACUGCAGCUGUGUGUGCGUUAUCAGGACCACCUCCAUCAGUGUGCCGAGGCCGUGGCCUUCGACCAGAACGCUCUCGUCAAGAGGAUCAAAGAGAUGGACCUGUCAGUGGAGGCGCUCUUCAGUAUCAUGCAGGACAGGCAGAAACGCUACGCCAAAUACGCUGAACAGAUCCAGAAGGUGAACGAGAUGUCCAUGAUCCUGCGGCGGAUUCAGAUGGGCAUCGACCAGACCGUACCUCUGAUGGAGCGCCUCAACAACCUGUUGCCUGAGAGCGAGCGCCUCGAGCCGUUCAGCAUGAAACCUGACGCAGAGCUCAAGUAGACGGCCGCUGAUGCGCUCUGGUAUCUGGAAAGACUGAAAGAGCUCCGUACCAAAUAACAAACCCUGUGUAAAUACAACACACGUUCACUUUCCAAAGAUCACUGUGGAGCUUCAGAGCGUCUCUGAGAGAAAGUCAUGCUGGUGAUAUUUUGCGCCCACGGGUUUGGAUCUGAUGUUACUCAUCCACAACUGUACUGUCAUGAUUUAAACGUCUACUUCUCAGUGUUUGUGAAGGCAGAAGUGACGAUAAGCUUGUAAUGUCUUCAAGAAAAGUGAACUGUUGCUGUGUUUCAGAUUCCACUGAACCAGGAAUUAUUUAACUGUUGGUGAUAUGAACAGAUGUCUGAGUCUGAGAUGGACAUUUAUUUGGAAAUUAAAGGAAUUUAAUGUUUGUGUUCAAAA